GGACGGGACUCGCAUCGUCUCUGGUUCGGGCGAUAAAACAGUCCGGCUGUGGGAUGCAGGAACGGGGAAGCCUGUUGGUGAGCCCUUGGAGGGGCACACUGACAGUGUGAUGUCGGUCUCGUUCUCACCAGAUGGGACUCGCAUUGUAUCUGGCUCACAAGAUACGACUAUCCGGCUGUGGGAUCUAGCAACAGGCAAGCCAGUCGGUGAGCCCUUGUGGGGGCACACUCGUGUGGUUGACUCAGUAUCAUUCUCGCGGGAUGGGACUCGCAUCAUUUCUUCUUCAUGGGAUGGAACUGUCCGAGUAUGGCAUGCGGUGAUUGGGAAGUCACUGCAGGACCAUACCGAAGAAGACUAUUCACCAUCAUCCUCACACUGCAGUUGCAUCCUGCAUCCAACACCGGUCGUCCCCACACCCAACACUGCAAACGACGAUUUCAUUUCCUUUUCAUCAAACCCAACGACACAUGCACUGCGCGACACUGCUGAGCUACUCGCGGGCACCUCCUAUGACGACCACACAUUUGUGCUAGGUGAAGAUGGAUGGGCGAUGGGACCGAAUCGUCGUCUCUUGUUCUGGGUACCACCCGCUUCCCGAAAACUAUUCUAUAAUCCUCGGACUGUAUUAGUGAUACCCAGAGGCGGUGUUGAGCUUGACUUGAGUUGCAUGGCACAUGGGACACGCUGGCAGCACUGCCGCAAGAACUCUUGAUUGCGAUGAUCUCGUUCCUGUAAUUAAAUUGAUUUGUAGAGAUAUUUGUCGAGUACGAUAUGGAGUGUACGGUUACAUAAUAUGGAAGUACUACGGCGCUGUUCUUUUUUGAUUUUCAACUCUGCGCUCGCUUUCGGUUCUAGACCUUUGCUGUGCUCGCAUCUCGAUCAAUCAUACUACUAUUCAGUCUAUUCUGACCGCUGCUUG